AUUGUAAGUUGCAUAAAUAAAUAUUGAAAUUUCAAGUGGUAUUUUGUCAAAUAAUAUAACGUCAAACACACACACAUAUCGUUAAAAUGUCAAAGAUUUUUAAAGUUACACGCUGUCCAAGCGACGAAUUAAGUUUAAAAAAUACCGCAAUUUUAAAUGACAAGGAUUUUCCUAAUGAAGAUGUACGUUACGUGGAAAUCAUUACUGGUCCAAAUCAACAUUUCGUAUUUUCAACGGAUUUUCAUCCUGAAGUACCUCGUGGACAUGUGGGUUUUUCAUUGCCCCAAAGAAAAUGGGCAACCUUAUCAAUUAACCAGGAUAUCGAAGUCGUUCCAUACAAAUUUCAUCAAACUAACAGACCAGAUUGCUUAUCUCAAAUGAUUUUAGAAGUGGAUUUCUUCCAAAAGAAAACCCAAUCUUCAGAGGCGUAUGAUUCUGAUUUAAUGGGUAAAGAAUUUUUGCGACAGUUUGCAAAUAAACCUUUUACAGAAGGUCAACAAUUAGUUUUUAAUUUUGAUGAAAAGAAAAAAUUACUUGGUGUAGUGGUGAAAAGUCUUGAAGCUGUUGACAUAAAAGCAUAUACAUCAGGUGAAAAGGUGAAACCACAGCAAGUCAGAAUGGGCUUAUUGUCACCUCACACCCAAGUUCAAUUUGUCAAGAAUGAUGCUUCCGCAUUGAAUUUGGUUAUUAAAGGGGUUCAGACACGCUCAAUCAUAAAUCCAGAUUUUGAUUUCCAAAAAAUGGGCGUUGGAGGUUUAGACAAAGAGUUCAACGCCAUAUUUCGAAGAGCAUUUGCAUCACGUGUAUUUCCUGCCGAAGUAGUACAACAAUUAGGCUGUAAACACGUAAAAGGUAUUCUAUUAUAUGGACCACCCGGAACUGGUAAAACAUUGAUGGCUCGACAAAUUGGUCAAAUGUUAAAUGCACGUGAACCAAAAAUUGUCAAUGGUCCACAAAUAUUAGAUAAAUAUGUUGGUGAAAGUGAAGCAAAUAUUCGUCGAUUAUUUGCAGAAGCUGAAGAAGAAGAAAAGCGGUGUGGUCCUAACAGUGGUCUUCAUAUUAUUAUUUUUGAUGAAAUUGAUGCCAUUUGUAAAUCUCGAGGCUCUGUUGGGGGAAAUACGGGUGUUCAUGAUACUGUCGUAAAUCAAUUGUUAGCUAAAAUUGAUGGUGUUGAACAAUUAAAUAACAUUCUUGUUAUUGGUAUGACAAACAGACGUGAUAUGAUUGAUGAAGCUUUGCUACGUCCUGGACGUUUAGAAGUACAGAUGGAAAUUGGUUUGCCAAAUGAAAAAGGCCGACUACAAAUUCUUAACAUUCAUACAUCAAGAAUGAGAGAUUAUAAAAAAAUAGAUCAAGAUGUGAAUAUUGCGGAGUUGGCAGCUAGAACUAAAAACUUUUCUGGUGCUGAAUUGGAAGGUUUAGUUCGUGCAGCUCAAUCUACUGCCAUGAAUCGUUUAAUCAAGGCUUCGUCCAAAGUAGAAGUUGAUCCUGAAGCUAUGGAAAAACUUUUAGUUUGUCGUUCUGAUUUUCUACAUGCUUUAGAGUACGAUAUUAAACCAGCAUUUGGUACAGCUGCAGAAAUGCUGGAGCAUUUCUUAUGUCGUGGUAUCAUCAAUUGGGGCGCACCAGUAUCAAAUAUUUUUGAAGAUGGUGAGCUUUUCAUUCAACAAGCUCGUGCUCCUGAUACGUCUGGCUUAGUAUCCGUUUUAUUAGAAGGACCGCCAAACUCUGGGAAAACAGCACUUGCUGCGGAACUCGCUAAACGUUCUGAUUUUCCAUUUAUUAAAAUCUGUUCCCCAGAGGAUAUGGUCGGCUUUACUGAAUCUGCUAAAUGUUUGACCAUUCGCAAGGUUUUCGAUGAUGCAUAUCGUUCAACACUCAGUUGUAUUCUAGUAGAUAACAUUGAAAGAUUAUUGGAUUAUGGUCCAAUUGGACCCCGAUAUUCUAAUUUAACUUUACAAGCACUUUUGGUUUUGUUGAAAAAAGAACCACCAAGAGGUCGAAAAUUAUUGGUAUUGUGUACAAGCAGUAGGCGGCAAGUUUUGGAAGAUAUGGAAAUGUUAUCUGCAUUUACAUCGGUAUUGCAUGUGCCAAAUUUAUCACGACCCGAACAUUUAAUAUCUGUACUAGAUGUAACGGAAGCAUUUGGAAAAGAUGAUUUACAACGAAUAGAAAGAAAACUGCAAGGGCAUCGAAUAUUUAUUGGCAUAAAGAAAGUAUUAGCAUUAAUUGAUUUAGUGAAACAAACAGAAGAGAAACAUCGUGUUGUCAAAUUCUUAACGAAAUUAGAAGAAGAAGGUGGUUUAAUGCCCAUUAACCAAUAACCAGAUAAUAAAGUAUUUUAUUGUAUUUAUAAUAUAAUACAAAUUUAAAAACAAUACAAAAAGUCGUUAAAGUAGUUUGUAAUUUAUAAGCAUACUCAAAAACAAAAAUUAUUAUUGUUAAGGGUUUCCACAUUGAUCAACUGUGUGGCGAACUGAUUGUUUUUCAAGAAAAAAUUUGGGAUUUACUUUUGCAUGAUCGAUACAUAAACUCAGGUAAAUUCAAACAUAUCUACUCGCACUCUAUUCGCAUUAAAUUUUGUGAGAUUAAGUAAGUUUAGGAGUAAACUUUCUGAAAAUGCCUGUAAAUUUAUGUAUUUAAGGAACAAAAUUGUAAAUUUUUAAAUUAGAGAGAACAAGCUACUGCUCGUACUGAAAUAUUGUAUUCCAAAAAUUUACUAUUGCAUAGAAUUAGAGUCAAUUAAUUUUAUUUUUAAGUAAUGCUUUUGCAAUUUUUAACUAUUUAUAUGCGAUAGACUGUUUUUUUUUUUUUUUUAUUUGAAGGAAAAAAGGAAAAAGAAAUCUGGUACAUACCUCCACGUGCUCUGGAAAUUUUAGAAUCCUAUUAUCGCAUAGGAUAGGAUUCUACUUGGCUAAUACAAAUGUCACAAAUAUGCAUUCUUUAUACUUUUUGUAGAUUAAAUUAAAAAUAGUUUAAUUUCGCUGCUUUGAGAAUAAAAAUCAUGUUAAAAGGCUACUAAACCAAGGUCCCUGGUUGAAAAAUGAAAGUUUGCACGUUUCUUUCUCAUAGCAUCUGAAAAUGUAAAAUUCAAAGUCAAUUAAUUCUAGAUGUCCGACAUAUGAUCCUUUAUAUUUAGUCUCAAUUGGUUCAAAAUAUAGGGUAGUUAAUUUUUCUGAAUUAUUCUUAUUGCUUUUAAGAUUUAGUUAAUUUUGUACUUAUAAAGCCUUAUA